AUGUACCGCACCGUCCCUCGUAUGGCUGGGUUCGUGUUCCGCGAGAACCGUGUCCCUUACUACCAGCGUCUGUUCCAGCAGCACGAUGGUAAGCGCCAGUGGUGGAAGUCUUCGCGCUCCGGUUACAUAAUGUACCCCUACCUCUUCUCCGUCUACGGCAUGGGUGCUGCUACCUUGUACGCCCUUGGUCGCAUGGUUUUCGGCCACAAGACCUGGAUCUAA